GAGAUGCAGCGAGAAGACAGAAGUGAAUAUUUAGAUAUACUUUAUAAGAGGUUACGGACUUAUCUUAAGAAAAAGGUAUUUUUCAAAGGGUAUAAAGAAAUUUGACAUGAAGACGUUUUAUGAUAGCAACGAUUAGAACGGCUUCAAGAACAAUUUGAUGGGCCAGAGCGAGAAAAAUUGAAUAAAGAUCAAAUAGCGUUAUUACAAAACAAAGAUCAAGUGUUAUAUCCGUUGAAGGAAUUGGAAGAACUAUGGAAACAAUUUUCAUGUUUAAUGGUUCAGGAAAAAGAGGCAAAACAAAAAGAAAUAGAAAUAGCAAGGAAAAUUGCAAUGAAUGAAGUAGAAGAAAGAAAAAAGGAAAAAGAACAAGUACGAACAUUAGUUCUAUUUUUAAAAUAUGCGAGUUUAACACGGCAUACACCUACAAAUGAUGCUGAAUAUAAUAGAGCAGUAGAAAAGGUGUUGCAAAUGGUAUAUGAAGCAGAUGAAAAUUCAAUUCAAGUUGUAGAAAAAUUAUAUGAAGGUUCAGAAGAACAGAUUGAAGAGAGUAAAAGGAUUACGUAUAAAUAUAUGAAGGAACAAAUAGAGCAAAAGGCGGAAGAAAUGCAAAAAUCAUUUGAAUAUAGAUUAGAAGAAUCUCAACAACAGAAAAUGCCGUCAUAUAAUUUACAAGAAUCUUUAGAACAAAUGACGUUUAAUAAGCCAUCAAAGGUGAUAUCUCCAAGUAAUAAAAAAACAAGAGGGCCUUAUGAGAAAAUUAAUUUUUUGAAUGAAAGUGAAAUUGAAGGAUUAUCAUUAAAAGAUCCAUUAACAACGAACUAUACAAGAGGAUCAAUGGAUGCAUUAACAAAUGCAUUAUAUAAUCAUUAUCCCGUUAAUAAUAAUAUGUUUUCCGUAGCAUCUAUGACUCAUUAUCACGAGAUGCAGAACCCUACAUCUGUUUCAUGGAAAGAACCUCGUUUAAAUCAUCAAAGUACACAACAUUGGAGUACAGAGAGACGUUCACCUCUUCCAAAUCAUGAGCCUCGAUAAUAGAAAAUUCUAUUUAGCUAAGAA